AUGGGAGGGUGCUUUUCUGACAUGAAAGGAGGGAAGCAAGCGGUGGGAGGGUUACGUGAAGGCACCAACGCGCAAAACGACGCCGUUGAUUUCUUUUACAGGUCUCAAGGUUUUCAUCAAAUGUUCACACAAGUUGAGGUGUACAAUGUUUAUGGUCUUGUAAUCUUUUUGCUGCAGUUAUCUCUUUCAGCAUCCAACUUACUUGAUCGAGACAUUGCAUCAAAGAGUGAUCCCAUGGUUGUAGUAUUUACAAAGAAAAGAGACGGUAAAUUGGAAGAAUUAGGUCGCACUGAAGUAAUUAUGAAUUGUUUGAAUCCAGAGUGGAUAGAGAAAAUCAGUGUUGCAUUUCACUUCGAAAUCGUGCAACCACUUGAAUUUCAUGUGUAUGACAUUGACACAAAAUUUCAUGGCGUUCCCACCAAGACACUAAAACUCGGAGAUCAAGACUUCCUCGGAAUGACCAGUUGCACUUUAUCAGAGGUCAGUCUCAUUGAAUUUGCGAUCAUGGAUGACAACCGCGUUAUUUUGGCCGUUCUGACUAAACCAAGUAGGAGAAUAACGUUGAGGCUCCAAAAUCGAAGUGGGAAUGAUGGUUUAAGAAACCUAGGAGCACUUACCGUUCAUGCCGACGAAACUGUUGCUUCAAGGAGUGUAGUUGAGAUGGUGUUGCGUUGUUCUCAUUUGGAUAACAAGGACGUUUUUUCCAAAAGUGACCCUUUUCUAAGAAUAUCAAGAAUGGUUGAGAGUGGAGGUUAUAUUCCUAUUUGCAAGACUGAAGUUAUCAACGACAAUUUAAAUCCAAUGUGGAAACCAGUUUGUCUUGGUGGCCACAAGUUUGGAAGUAAAGAUAAUCCAUUAUUGAUCGAGUGUUUUGAUUUCAAUAGCAGCGGCGAUCACGUACUUAUUGGCAAAAUGCAGAAGUCAGUAGCAGACCUUGAAAAAUUAUACAAAGAGCGAACAGGCGCAAAUUUUGUCAUACCAUCCAAACGCCGUAGAAAGGAAAAGGUUUUGAAGGGUCAACUGUUUGUGGAUCAAUAUUGUGAAAAGCAACAGUUCAGUUUUAUUGACUACAUCUCUAGUGGUUUUGAACUGAACUUCAUGGUUGCUGUAGAUUUCACUGCUUCAAAUGGAAAUCCUCAACAUUCAGAUUCUUUACAUUACAUUGAUGGACAUGGUCGGUUGAAUUCAUACCAGAAGGCUAUAGUGGAGGUUGGAGAAGUUAUUCAGUUUUAUGAUUCUGAUAGGCGAUUUCCUGCUUGGGGCUUCGGAGGGAGGAUGCCUGGUGGUACCGUAUCCCACUGUUUUAAUCUAAACGGGAGCACAGGUGGCUCUGAGGUUGUAGGAGUUGAAGGCAUAAUGGAUGCUUAUGGCAGUGCUUUACGCAGUGUCUCUCUGUCAGGACCCACUUUAUUUGGCCCAGUUAUCAACAUGGCCGCCCAAAUGGCUGCGCAAUCCCUCGCUUCAUAUAACAACACUAAAUAUUAUGUAUUGCUUAUCAUCACGGAUGGAGUCGUCACGGAUCUUCAAGAAACAAUAAAUUCUCUUGUUAAAGCAUCUGACCUUCCCCUAUCCAUUCUCAUAGUUGGAGUUGGAAAUGCUGAUUUCACAAGCAUGGAGGUGCUGGAUGCUGAUAAUGGACGUCGGUUAGAGAGUUCUACUGGUCGUAUAGCUACACGAGAUAUAGUACAAUUUGUCCCUAUGAGAGAAGUGCAGAGUGGCCAAAUAUCUGUUGUGCAAGCUCUAUUGGAAGAACUACCUGAACAAUUUUUGUCUUUCAUGCGAAGCAGAGACAUCAAACCUCAGCCACCGCCUUCUCACUUCUUCCAAGCAUCCACAUCCACAUCCACCAUGAAAUAG